CCGUCCCCUGCGCGGCCCGAGGGCCUGAGAAGGAAACGGGGCGAAGCGGAGGACAUGUUGCGUUGAGCUCCGAGUGCUAAGUAACGGCAGCAGCAGCAGCCAGAGUCUGCGCGGCGACCCCACGGAGGUCUGCGCUACGUCGCGAUAGCAGCAGCCCUCCCGGGAUGAUGAAACAAGCACGUCGAAGGUAGUAGCCUGACGUCCAGCCGUGCCUCGGUAGUGUGUCGUCGUUGUUGGUCCCCGUCUGAAUCCGCUGUUUUAGAACCCCCUCGCUUGCACGCCCCGACGAGUUCCGGCUGCCGUCUGUGUUGUGUGUGUGUGACCAUCGACGACGAUGACUGCGUAGACGUAGUGAAGACAACAGCUAUGCGCGAUCUCUCCCGCACGUCGGAAUGACUGUCGGCCGAAAACUGUUGGAUGAGCGUAGCGUCGACAAACUGAGGGCUCGAGUGGGAUGCUGGACCGUCCCUCGGAAGUCUAUCCGGACCACAGCUUCAAGAAGAGGCGGCUGGAGGACACUAGCUGUGCCCAGCGCCUGUCGGAUUUGGAGCAGAACCAGGUGAGCGACGUCUCGUCGUCUUCGCGCUCCAGCCAGCAGCAGCAGUGGGAUGCCCUGGGUGGCGGGGGGGAGCUGAAGCGGGCGGGGCUCAAGCGGCGGGCGCCACCGGACCAUGCUCCUGGGCCGGCCCCAGCAGCCAGCAGACGCCAACCCUCAUCGUCCUCUUCGCACGCUGCUUGGACUGGCGGGGGAAGCUCCAGCCGCCAGCACAACAAAGCUGCCACCGUGGCUCCCAACACAUCCAAGGCAAGCACCUCCGAGGGUGACUACCAGCUCGUACAGCAUGAGGUGCUGCUGUCGACCCAGCACCAGUACGAGGUGCUGGAGUUUCUGGGCCGGGGCACCUUUGGCCAGGUGGUCAAGUGCUGGAAGAAGGGCACCAACGAGAUUGUGGCCAUCAAGAUCCUCAAGAACCACCCUUCGUACGCCCGCCAGGGCCAGAUCGAGGUCAGCAUUUUGCACCGCCUUGCUCAGGAGCCUGCCGACGAGUUCAACUUCGUACGGGCGUUCGAGUGCUUCUCGCACAAAUCGCACACCUGCCUGGUGUUCGAGAUGCUCGAACAGAACCUGUACGACUUCCUGAAGCAAAACAAGUUUUCGCCACUGCCCCUGAAGUGCAUCCGGCCGGUGCUUCAGCAGGUGUUGACGGCGCUGCUCAAGCUCAAGCAGCUGGGGCUCAUCCAUGCCGACCUGAAGCCCGAGAACAUCAUGCUGGUGGACCCCGUGCGUCAACCCUUCCGGGUCAAGGUCAUCGACUUUGGUUCCGCCUCGCACGUCUCCAAGGCAGUGUGCUCGACGUACCUGCAGUCGCGCUACUACCGGGCGCCGGAAAUCAUCCUGGGGCUGCCGUUCUGCGAGGCCAUUGACAUGUGGUCGCUGGGCUGCGUGGUGGCCGAGCUUUUCCUCGGCUGGCCGCUCUACCCGGGGUCGUCCGAGUACGACCAGAUCCGAUACAUCAGUCAGACGCAGGGGCUGCCUGCCGAGCAUCUGCUGAAUGCGGCGGCCAAGACGACACGCUUUUUCCACCGGCAGACGGACUCCAACUACCCCUUCUGGCGGCUCAAGAGCCCCGAGGAGCACGAGGCAGAGACGGGCGUGCGUUCAAAGGAGGCGCGCAAGUACAUAUUCAACUGCCUCGAUGACAUGGCACAGGUGAAUGUGCCCACCGACCUCGAAGGGGGCGAGCUUCUUGCCGAAAAGGCCGACCGACGCGAGUUUGUCGACCUGCUGAAGCGCAUGCUGACUAUGGACCAGGAGCGCCGCGUCGCCCCCGGCGAGGCCCUCAACCACAGCUUCGUCAGCUUGAGCCACUUGGUGGACUACGCGCACUGCGCCAACGUGCGGGCCUCCGUCCAGACCAUGGAGGCCUGUCGCCGGCCCGGCACGUCGUCCGCGGCUGCUGCCCACUUCGCUCGCGGCCCCUCGCCAAGCACAGCCAUCUACGCGGCCCAAGGCCGGGCUGCCGCUGCAGCUGCGGCUCCAGGCAGCCUGUGUGUGUCUUCGAUCCUCUGUCCUCCCGGUGGAGCGUACAGCGUGGGGUCACCGGCCAAGCACGUUGUAGUUGCAGCCGCCGCCGCCGCUGCUGCGGCACAGCAGGCGCCUGCCGCUGCCACACUUCAGCUGCAGCAGUACGUGCCAGUGUCGGUCGUGGAACAGAACGGACGCCAGGUCCUGCUGACCAACCCUGUGCAGCCGGCUUGGAGUAGCAACCGACAGAUGCUGGUGCCAGCUACCUGGCAGCCUGCACCCCGUGGUGCUCCCACUGCCGUUCUAUCGGAGGAUGCUUGGAGCCGGUCCCUAAUGCUGGAGCGUACUGCACUGCUGCCUGCCGAGCGCGCCGCCGCUGCGGUCAUUCCUCUGGCCGGCGCACCCGCCUGGGGCCACGUGGUGGCUGCUACGGCUGCUGCCUCGGCCGCUGCCCGCCACCAACCAGCAGCCACUGCUGGACAGCUCAUGGCGGCCCAGCACCACGCCGUGCCCGUGUCGGCUGCCUCGCUUUCAGUUUCGUCCUCCCUCUCCAAGCGGCACACCAAGGCCAGCCGCAGCAGCCUGUACCGGGAGGAUGACCUGUCACUGCACCAGCAGCAGCAGCAGCUGCAGCCGCCUCCAACGAGCCUGCACUCAUCACUGCAGCAGUCAUCGCUGUCCCUGGCAUCGCAGCCGUAUCGGCACCAGACUCAGCGCCACGCGCCCAUUGCCAUCGAGAGUGGCCACCACCACCGCGGAGGAGGCCACUCGCUGCAGCCGCCCCACCUGGCGCAGACGGUGCAUCAGCAGCUGUCGCCCGUCAAGAAGCGGGUCAAGGAGAGCAGCCCACCCAAGUGGGAGGUGGCAGCCAAUCCCCUGCUACCCUCGGCCGCAGCACCAGUGUCGGCUGGCCGACACCACGAGUCCUCGGCACACGGUAGCCGUCCUGUGGUCCAGAGUGGCAGCAGCGGCAAGAUCGGUAGCAAAGAGCGCCAGCGCAGCACCAUUGUGAUCCGAGACACUCCAAGUCCGGCCAUCAGCGUCAUCACUAUCAGCUCUGACUCGGAGGACGACCGCGAGUCACCAGCUUGUUCCUCGUGCAAGGGUGGCCGUGGCUGCCGCCAGUGUGCAACUCAGCAGCAGGCCUCUUCAGCGUCACUGCGCCCCCUGCAGGCAGCUGCCACUGCUGUGCCCCUGGUGAGCUCUACGUGCGCCAGUGUGGUGCCACUGACACCCGAGGAAGAGCGUGGCUCCUACCAGUCGACACCUCGCCAGAGCUGUGGUAGCCGUGCACGCACCCAGGUGGACAGCUCCAGCUGGAGCCAGCCCCUGGGUCCGUGGGCCGCCCCUCUGAUCUCUGAGCUCAGCUCUGAGGCCACUCCGCUGGCCUCGGUUUUCCAACGUCACGGAAGCUCCACAGUGAUGCUGCCAUCGUCGUCGUCUUCGGGAGGAGGCCAGGUGGUCACCAGCAGCGGCAUCCACUCGUCCUCGCUGCGUCCGCGCAUGGCCAGCUGCAUCACGGUGCCCGACUCGGACUCCGAGGGGCACUACAGCCCCGCCCGGGCCCUGCCCAACUUCACGAGCAGCGUGCUAGCGGCCAAGGCCAUCAAGCCCGAACCCCAGAGGGACCCACUGCCCAUCAGCAGCAGUGCCAGCUUGUGCAGUCAGAAGAAGCGGCUGCUGUGCCACCCUGUCAAUGGCGGUGGGGACGUGGUUGUGACACCCAAGCGGGAGGUGGACGACGACUGCAGCAUGCAGCUGCGGCCCGCCGUCAACGGCUUCCUCGAAGGCGAGCGCCUGGUCAAGUGCAGCGCCCUUAUGCCCCCCGUGUCAGCGGCCGCAGCCGCCACUCUGGGCCGGCCACACCUGUCCCCAUUGCAGCACAUGGGCCAACCGCUGCACCUGGCUCCUAGCUCACAGCCCGAACUGUACAGGGAGUACUGCCGUCCCACCGUGUACGUUGCUGCUGCGAGCAGCCUCGCCCAGCCUGCUUACCUGCCCCAGCAGGCACCUCAGAAGUACGUCCUGGCUGCCAGUGGAUUCUUGGCCCCACCCCUGGCCCCACCUCCCGCCCAUCACCACAGCCGGGGCCCCGCCCCCGCCACGGCCACGCUGGCUGCGGUGCCCUAUACGGCCCACCCGCUGCCCGCACACCUGCAGCCUGCGGCAGCCGGCCCCCAGGGGGCAGGCGCUGCUGCAGCCCCGCCCACUUUUCCGGCUGCGCCCACGGCUGCCGUGGCGUCGUACGGCUAUGGGCUGAACCCACUGAGCCCAGGCAAGCCCCAGUACCAGCACGUGUACCAGAUGUUUGGCGAGUGAGCCAGGAGAGAAGGGCUUUGAAAGCCGUUGUGGCCACUGGCUACAGAGCGUCGACGUGUCGAGAAGAAUGUGGUUUGCCACUGAGGUGGUGCUGCUGCUGGGUCAGCUCUGCAGUAACAAGUGCAGACAAGGGUGUGUGGACCAGUCAUUGUGGACUGCGCGCAGUUGGCUCCCACUGGACCAGUGCAUGGCAUGUCCUUCAGUGUGUGUGAGCUCUUCUCCAGCGACUUGCCACACCAAGAACCAUUUAUUCUGUUCAGUUUCUCAUUUUCCUUGUACACAAGCACACAUCUGGCGGUAGUUCCAGUACAGUUUAUUUAGCAGCCAGGGCAAGGAGAAGCCUUGUUUUGCUCUUUUGACAUGCCACUUUGCCCCCACACGUUCAGCCUUCAAGGCUUUUCCCAUUAUGUUUUGUCAAGGGCUUGCCUGCUCGAAUCAUUGACUUCUGGUUUGGCCCUCUCGGGGACAUUUAUCAUCGGCUCCCACCACGGGUAUCUCCAACAUGCACAGUGGAUAUAUGCGCUCUUAGUCAAGGAUCGAGUGUAGCACUGUUGCAUCAUUUCUUUUUUUUUUCAUGACCUAGUUGUUGCCUCGCAGCAUUAUCUUGACGGCUGUUCCCACGGCUGUCUGCACUUCACCGAGGAUAGUUUUGCGAGACCGAACAUUGUAUUUGUUUUGCCUGCCUGGUGUUCGCUUGUGUUUGGGCAAUGUGACCACUUUGCACACCAACCUACAGACAUGCUGCUUUGCGUGUGCACUUGUGUUGGUGGGCUUAACUUUGGACUGCCGCUUUCAGAGUGGCCAAAUGUGCAGGCACGAGGUUUGUUUGCACGGGAACACUGCGCUGCGGUAUUCUAGCUUCUGUGUGUUGAAUCGGAAAAAAGUUUGAGGAUGUCGUCCGUGUUUACGCAGCUGCCUUGUGUUCCUGCAGCUGUGCCUUGCCAGGGUUGGGCUUGGAACUGUAAGCUAUGUAGUUAGCUAUGGUGUGUGUAUCGGGCAGGCGUGAUGCGCACCUCAAACCCCCUCCCUUUUCAGAGUUGCUUGCUUCACAAAAGCAUGACCUAGCUCGAGCUCCCCUUCCAACAGCGCCAUGUCUACUGCAGUGUUGGUCGCCGUGCUUGGCGUAGUAAAUUGUGUCUAGUGGAUGUGAGUGGAAAGGUGCUGGUCUUUUUGCAGCCAUGAGUACCCUGUUGAGACCACAAGGUUCAAGAGAAGUAGAAAAGCCUGACGAGCAGAGAUAGCGCUCAGUUCCUGAGACUUUCGACCCCGACAGUGCUUUUUGCAUUGUAGCAGCAAGAAUGCGCACUUUCCUCUAAGCAUUAGUUAAGGCUGUUGGAGCAGCCACGCCCUCUCUUUCUCAUUGAAAGUCGAGCGCCGUUGUCCACAAUUUCCCGUAGUUUCUUUCUGCCAUGCACCGGCACCUUCCUGCGCCAGCUUUUCUCCUGUGAACUGAACGUCGUGUGCCUUUCUCUCCCAGCCUCGUCGCAAUUUCUGUUGUGGUUCGCGUCGUCUCUCUCCCUCUUGCCAGGGUGGCCACGAAACGGGCCGCCUCGGGCGUUGCGUGCACCGCUGUAAGCAAGCACCCAACGUAAAAGACAGACAAAUUCUAUUUCCAUCUCUCUACUCUAUAGACAAGCCAGAUGUAUUUUUGUGAAGUGCCUCUCUACCUUAGAGCUGAAUGUAGCAGAUGUAGUCAUAGUAGUUUCUUGGGCCACGCCCCCAUAGGCCAGCGGUUGGUGUGCACUGCCUGAGGGAGCGGCUUUCGUGCGUGUGUUUUGCCUCGUUAGGGUGUGUACUCUCUCCAUGCUGCUGCUACAAAGGCUGUUGCCCUUUGGACUAUGGGACGGUACGUUGGUGACGGGUUUUACAGGGUCCUUUGUCGCAUUGGGCUGCCACCCUGUGCCCUUGUGUAAUCGGGGGACAGCUUCAGGUUAAACGCAAAAAAGUAUUUUUUUCUACGCUAAUUGUAUUUCCACUUUUGUUUCAAGUUGUUAAGAGAGACGGUGUAUGCGUGGCCCAGAAAAACUGGCAGAAAAAUGAAAAAAAAAUAUGUGAUAACGAGAGCCGCACGUUUGUGAUGAUGGUCGUCGCAUGCAUUUUGCUUGUACAAAGCUUAUUGAGGCAGUAGACUUGCACGUACAGGAAAGGGGAAUAUCAGGUGUUGCUUAGAGGCUCGGAUGUACGAAGUUGUACUGGCUCUACGAACCUGUGGAUUGUGCUCGGCUAGAAGCUAUGCGCCUUUCGUGGGGCCAGUGCAUGUAACUGCCGUUUGUUCACGCCACACUCUGCUACUGUUUGUGUCUGUUCCUCAAGUGGUCGACUGUCUGGACACGGCGCAAGUGAAGUGAAAAAAGAAGAAACGAAAGAUACAGCGGUGCAUUGCGCUGAAAAUGUGCAUUUAAGGUCGUGUGCUGUAGAGCAUGCAUUCUUCAUUGCUGCAGGGAAAUGUUUUUCUUAAAACGUGGCAACGCAAGGAGGUCUGGUCGUAGUGUUGAUGAGGGAAGUUGCACAAAGUGCUGUUUUCUUUCUCGUUUUUCAAGUGACACUCUUUUUGUUACUCCGUCUGCAGUGGCAUGGUGCGAUGGUGGUACAUUUUCUGCGCAUGCAUGGUGAAGCUCUAGAAAUGUCGUAUUUUGCAGUUUUGCAUCCCAAGUGCAUGUUUUUGUGUGCUUAUUUCUUGAGAACCGAAAAAUGAGCGCCCGUUCUUUUCUUAAUGGUCACAUUGGUGUUUCAAAAGCGAAAGCCCGCUUUUUUAUUUCUUGCCCGGCAAUGCUGCAGCAAUCUUGCGAACUAAAGGGAAGUAAAAGAAAGGAUUUCUUUUUUAUAUUGUAUAUCUCCUCAUUUGAGCUUUGUAGCUAGAGCUUGCUUGUAAUUUGCGCAUUUCCCUAUUGUAUGAGCUGCGUAUCCUUCUUCUUUCUGUGUUGGAAUGCCGUGCCUUGUUUCCCCGUUUUAUUUACAGUUCUCGCGUUCCUUUGAGUGACGCAGCAGUUGCCCGCAACAAAAUGCUGGGGAUGUCUUCCCCACGGUGAUAAGAGAUGGCACCACUCCCAUAGCUUUUCCUUUUUGCGGUGUGCAUUUUGUUUCCGUAUACCCCAUGUGAUGUCUGCAUUUGUGAUGGUGUACAUACAAUAUACGCAUUGCAGAUUGCUUGCCUCCCCCCCCCUCCCUUUUGGGAACAGCAGCAAGCUUGGAGAGGUCAGGGAUGCCCGCACAUUUAUCUAUACUGUACAUAAUAGAGGAGAGCACCGACGAGUGCGGCGCCUGCAUCACGUCGCUCUGUUGCAUUCUAUACGCGUUGUACACUGUGAGCAUAAAUAUUAUAUUAAAUGUACUUGUCUACGUCCCACAGCAAAUGGGCAAAGUAUAAAGGUUCACUGUCGACGGGCUGGGCACUAGUGAUUCGGGUAGGAUAGGGUUGGGGCUCUACUGCGACGUGGUGGGACGGGAUUUAUUACACUUCCUGUUCUUUUUUUUUUUCCUUUUUUGUCAUUGUUUUUAGCAGAAAGCUUGUCCUGGGCUAGAGGAUCAAUUUCGAGGAAAGCUCGUUAUCGGUAGCUUGCGACUGUCUCAUCAAACGAUGACAGUGCAAGUUUGAUACUGUCGAAGCGGCAGUGCGAUGUUUGCGAGUUUCACUGCUGCAUUCGAGUGGAAAUCAGCACUUUGCAGUUUUUCAAUGCCAACUGAGCAGUCUUUAAACUCUGCGAUUUUGUUUGCCAGCUACCUAUCUGCUUAUCUUAGAGACUGUCUGUCUAGUCUCUAGCUACAUUCUUAUUCUGUAUGCAUAAACAGCAUAUGUUAUAUACUAGUCUUGAAAGCAAACAAAAAAAAGGUAAUCUUACUAUUUGAAAAGUGACUAGCUUUUCGCCUUUUCAUUUUCUUGUUUUCGUGGUGAGGCUUCAGACACGUUUGCUGCACACACCUGUACUCGUGGUGCCACUCGUUAGCCUCUUUGCUGUUCUCGAGUUAUUUUCUUUUAAUUGUUGCUAUUGGCAUGGUUUUGAAUUGCAGGUGCGGUGUUGACAAAGUGGUUUUGUUCAUUUCUUUGCUAUCUCCAGUUAGUACACAUUUUUUAUGGAUUUUUUUUUUUGUUUCUGGGGAGGGAUAUGCGAAAAGAGCCUAGCUGGGAUGUUUAUUUUUUUUUUUGUUGGGAGGGUUACAAAGGGGGUAAACUGACUACCAAUGUUUGUGUACAAGCUUUUGACGUUUAGCAUCUAUUAUGACUUGCUAAAAAAAAAUAAAUCUGAGACAGAGUUGUAGUGUAGCUGUCGGUCUUGGUUUUCAUUUAUGUUAUUGUUCUAUUCCCAAUUUGGACGUGUGUGUGUGUGUGUGUGUGUGUGUGUGUGUGUGCGUGUGUUUUUAGCAGUGUUGACUACCUUGUACUAUGUUGUUUUUGCUUCUCCUGUUGUCUGGCUGUGACUUGCAGGUGUAAAAUGCACAUCUUUCCUUUGUCUCCCUUUCGCUUCCUCUAAGUUGUCAGUGUUUAUAAAAGUACAUAAUAGAUUUAGUAUUCGCGAGUGUGUUUUCGUUCUGCUCUUGUGUGUAUUAUGUGGGUAUGGCCAGAUGCCUGUUCACUAUUAAAGAAUCGAAGAACUGGUUGA